GUCGGAUCGGUGGGCGGGGCCUCGGGCGGUGGCGGCGGCGCAGCGCUCCGAUGGCGGUGAGCCGUGCGCUCGCUCUGCGCUUGGCCUACGCGGCCGCCGGAGCCCUUAUGGGCUUCUCGGCCUUCUUCACCUGGAGCCUGGCGCCCGCAUUCCGCCAGCCCGCCACGGCCGCAGCCGGGGGGCUCUCGGCAGGUGUUCUGGCGCUCUGGGCCCUAAUCACGCAUGUGAUGUAUGUGCAGGAUUACUGGAGGACCUGGUUAAAAGGGCUGAGGUUCUUCCUCUUCAUCGGGAUCCUCUUCUCAGCUCUCUCCGUGGUGGGAUUCUGCACAUUCCUCGUCCUGGCCAUCACCCAGCAUCAGUCCCUGACUGAUCCCAGAAGCUACUACCUGUCGUGUGUCUGGAGCUUCAUCUCCUUGAAAUGGGCCUUCCUGCUCAGCCUCUACGCCUACCGGUACAGGAAUGAGUUUGCAGACAUCAGUAUCCUCAGUGACUUCUGACGCUGGGACUUUGCUCCUGUCUGAAGGUGCUGGAUGUCUGAGCUGCCCCCCAGUGGUACGUGCAAGAAGCAUGCAGGAGGCAGGGAAGGAAGCCACCCAGUGCUGCUUGGUUUGUCUGUCUGCAGUAGGGGUUUUUCCUAAUUGCUUUUACUCAACCAUUUAAAGUUUGGCUAACGCUGUCAAUCUGUUCCUUCUGUCACUUCCCUGUGUCUGGCAGGGAGCUGAAAGGCUCCAUCUGCUCACAGGCAGCAGGCCUGCAUCCACGCCCCCGUUGCCCUGAGGUCCUUGGGGUUCGUGUGGGUCGGAAGCCCCCAGGGUGGGGGGCUGUGGGUUAAUGCCUUGAGGAUGCAGCCCCCGAGGGAGGGAGCUGCCAGCUCGCUUCAGGUGUGUGUAGCAAAGAGCCCUGCUGUGUGCAAGCCAGCUCCUUGCACUGCUCUGCCCCAUGGAGAGAAAGGGAAGGGAGCCCCUGGGUACCCCCAGCACCCCACAUCUUCCAGGAUUUUCUGCAGUGUGGGACAGCUGGCCCAGCUGAGAUCAAGGAACAUCUUUGGCUCAGUGUGCACAGCAGAGCAGCAGGCAGCUCUGCCAGGGGGGCAGCUGGGAGUCACUAAAGCCAAACAUCACUAAAGCCAGACGAAGUCCACGUGUGUGGAACACACUUAAGGAGCUUUAAGGCUCAGGCUUUUAAAUACGACGCCCUCCCUUCCUGCUGGCAGCACUGGCAGGAGGUGCAGUGGUGAUCCCUACCCACAGCUGUGCCACCCACUGUGGAGUCUGCAAGUGCUUUUCCAUAGGUUGUCCUAACCCACCUCACACCUUGGUUUGCUGCCUGGGUGCUGUUCCCAGCUCUGGAAACUGCUGAUGGUCCCUUCCCAUCACCGACUGAAAUCACAGCAGGGGCACAGACCCAAAACCCCCAUCGGCUUUUUCCCCCCGGAGGAUUUUAAACUUUAUUUUUGUGAUGGUAGAUUCGCCCACAGGCAGCUCACUGAGCCUGACCCCACUUUUCUCCCUGGCAUCUUUUAGCUCCGGACUUUCUACUCGCGUCUCAGCUUUUUAAAAGAUGGUGUAUGAUAAUAUAUAAUAUAUUUUUACAUUGUUUGUGCUUUGGUUGCACGCUCGGUGUAAGACCUGGUCCUGCAGCGGGAUGGUAAUUCACAGCAGAGCUCAUUUGUGUGUAUCCCAGCAUCUCCUUGUACUAAACCACACUGUAACUCCUAUGUGAUGCCACAGCAAGAGCAGAAAUACAGUCUCUUUCUCACCAAA